AUGCAUUCAGUCACCCUUUCUGUGUUCACUAGCAAGUCAUUCACAAACCACUCGAGACCAGCAGUGUACAUUAUCCACGGCGGCGGCCAAAUAGCCGGGGACCGAUUCAGCGCGAUAGACAGCCUAAUCCGCUUAUUUGAAGGUAUUGAUUUUGUCAUACUAUCUGUUGAAUACCGUCUGGCCCUAGAGCAUCCAGCCCCGGCGGCUUUGAACGACAGCUAUGCAGGGCUAGUCUGGGUAGCGGACCACGCAGCCGAACUUGGGAUUGACCCUGCACAAAUCAUGAUUCUGGGCGGCUCUGGUGGCGGUCCCAUCGCAGCAGGAUGCUCCUUGCUUGAACGACAAAACCAGCACCCAACGCUAAACCUGCUUGCACAAAUGUUGAUUACGCCUAUGCUGGAUGACCAAGGUCAGACAUUGUCGGCGAAGCAGUUUGAGCAUGUUGGACCGUGGUGUGCGGCUACCAACCAGAUGGCAUGA